AGAAAGAUAACGCCCACUUGGAGACGGCAUGGUUUCCAUCCUCUUCCUUGUCAGCAAGGGUUCAUGAGAGAAAUUAUUGAUAAUUAAUAGUGUUAAAUGAUAAAAAAAAAAAAAAAAUGCAGAAACAUCCUCAAGGGAUUUGUGGUGUUUUAGCGGCGCAGCACUGAAACAAGGUUACCGGUGCUGUCUUGAUUGCUGGAUUAUUGGUGGUAGCCACAACACUUUACAUCACCAAAUCGGUUUAUGCAUGACGCAUUUUCUGAAAGUUGUAAUCACCGAGUGAUCCACAACGCGAUCUGGUAAUGAUGCUUUCCCCGUCGCGUUGAAUUGUGGGCAGGCCUCGGUCCUCCCUGGCUUUAAUCUCACUCUAUACUGUAACCCGGGUAGGGAAAAUGGCUGCUCCGGUAGCUCCAGCGGGUCUUCCUCCGGGUUUAUGUCCGAGCUUUGCCGUCGUGUGCUCGUUUUUAGAGCGAUACGGUGCUGCUCUGGAUCUGCCCGAAAUGACUUUCCCGCAGAUGGAGGGAUACUUGCAGGAUACAUCAUCAGUUCCCCAGCCUCUUGUUGAGCUCCAUGUGAAGUUACUUCGCAAACUUGGCAAGUCGGUGACGUCAGACAGAUGGGAGAAGCAUCUUGUUAGGGUGUGUCAGGAGUUUAACAGUACCUGGGCAUGGGAGCUGGAGAGAAAAGGAUACCCGGAAAUGUCCAUGGAGUGCAAGGCCGACAUCCUUAAGUAUUUGUGUGAAAGCCAAUUUGAUGACAACCUCAAGUUUAAGAUGGCAGUGAACGAGGAAGACCCUGAGCAGAUGCGCCUGCAGCCGAUCGGAAGAGAUAAGGAAGGGCUCCUAUACUGGUUCCAACUGGACCAAGACCAGAACGUUCGGCUCUACGUGGAGGAGCAGGACGAUCUGGAUGGGUCAUCAUGGAGGUGCAUUGUCAGGGAUAGGAAUGAGUUAGCAGACAUUUUGGAGCUCCUUAAAGCUAAGAUAGAACCAGCCGUGACGGAUGAGGAGCGACACGACGGUACUUCUGGCAACCCAGGAGACGAGAAAAGCUGCGGAGGUGAUCUUAAAGUCACGAACAAGGCGGCUAAAGCGGAGUGUGCCUCAGAAGAAGAAAGCAAGCCAAUUACUUGUACUGUAAAUGUAAAUUCCGACCGAUCCGUUAAAGAAGAAAGUCAGAUCGUGUGUGAAAAUAAAAGAAAAGGUUCUGCUGGACCACUUGAGGUAAAACAAGAGCAAAAGGAAGAGCUGAAAGUGCUUGGCACCGAAACACCAAAAUUGGACCAGACUCCUGUUAUAGACAACAGGGUGAGCACAAUUAAGAGCCUCAUCAAGGACGAGUCGAGGGAUUCACCUCGACACUGGAACGCCAUCUCGGUCGUCAUGGCACCCAGUUCCGUCAAACAAGAACUUCCAGCAAAGACAGAUUCCUGUAUGGACAAAAAAGAGAGGACGGCAGAAGAUUUCGAGAGAGCCAUGAAAAGUGACCAGCAGGCUAAGAUACCCCUGAAAAAGAGGGAACUCAAACGAAGCGAAGGAUACGACAACAGUCAUUACAGCCACGUAAACAAUAACAACAACAGCAACGGCAGUGUUUCUGUGGGUGGGAUAAUUGUACGCAACCCAGCAGCAAUGGAGCACACUGGAGAAAAGAAAAUAGCACCAUCUCCAGUUCUUAUUGAAAAUUCGCAGGCAAAGCAAAGCAGCGAAUCUGUCCAGGACAGGGUUAUAGGUCAGAGUAAAAGAGAACAGUAUGUAGGUUUCGGAGUGAUAAUGGGUCCGAUUGAGAGAAAGCCAACUUUUCCUGUGCCUGAUGGUUCAGGAAAUCCCACCAAGGAUCGAAACGGACUGCACGAAGACCGCGACGUGAAGAGCUUUAAGACUGAGGCAGCACAUGCUGAGAGCAUAAGGCAGUCUGUGCUUGUUAGAAAGCCUAGUAUUUCCCAAGCCACUCAUCAUUCGAGCAUGAGCGAAGAGAUGACGCUUAGAGUUGAGCACGCAGAGACUGACGCCAAAGUAAAGGCUCUUGGAGCAGAUGCUACGGAGCGAGCUGCGUUAUUGUUAGCUCUACCAACAGAUGCCGAAAAGCGUAUCGAGUAUAGUGAUGGAGAGUCGGUUAUUAGGUCUAGCACUGAGCAGGAAACGGUAGCGAAGCUGAAGGAGACGGGUAGUGGGGAAGAACUGGCUGGAAGCAGGACGGCUAAACUGACGAUGAUCCCCGAUGGAGGGACAGGUGACAGAGCUGCAGAAGAAAACGACAGCAAAGGAUUUAAAAGUUCCAAAAAAAGACGCUCCGAAAAAGCCAAGCUAAAGCUGCAAAGCGGGGAGGAUCGAAAUAAACUCGAUGACGAGGAAGUGUCCUCCGAACUUCAGAAAGAAGGUAUACGUCUCAAGAUCAAGAUCCCGCUGCACAGGCGAACUCCUGAGCUCCGCAGGUCGGCCAGAAUCUGUAAGCCCAGUCCCAAGCUGGCAGAGAUUCAGGAGCAGAAACAUAUGGCGCCCUCUGCGGCACGUGAGGCGGAAGAGCACGUGGAUCAGGAAGAGGAGCGGGCGCUUCACAAGAGGGACCUGCACAAGAAAAUCACCUCAGAUGGACAAAUCAAGUCCACUAAGGGGAAACGACGACACAGACGGCCUCGCUGGUCCAAACCUUCAAAAACUCGCAAACCCGAAGUCGUUCCAGGAGCAGACGCAGUGUGCGAGAGCAAGUCUGAGAGAGAUGACGAGAAGAGUGAGUUGGAUUCACAGCACUCGGGGGAAGUUCUACCUGAAGAUGCCUGUAAACACUGCGGCCUCAUCAACCAUCCUGAACUGAUUCUUCUCUGUGACCGGUGUGAUAGUGGCUACCACACGGCCUGCCUGCGCCCUCCUCUGAUGAUCAUUCCUGAUGGAGAGUGGUUCUGCCCUCCGUGUCAGCAUAAGUUGCUGUGUGAGAGGCUGGAGGAACAGCUGCAGAACCUGGACACGGCUCUGAAGAAACGGGAACGAGCCGAGAGGAGGCGUGAGAGAUUGGUGUACGUGGGAAUCAGCGUGGAGAACAUCAUACCCAAUCCAGAUGCUGAUGCAGAGGAUGGGAAACAAGAGAAGAAAAAAGGUGCCAAGAAGUGUAAGAAUCUGGAGAGGAGAUCCACAAGGAAGAGGAAAUCCAUUAGUUACAGGUUUGACGACUUUGAUGAGGCGAUCGAUGAAGCAAUAGAGGAAGAUGUCCAGAAUUCAGAUGGCGGAGAUGUGGGAUUUGGUAAGGAUAUGGCGGCUAUCACAGACCAGGAAGAGAAAGAGGAAGCCAAAGAGAUCCGACAGCCUGUGAAAACUCCUGCUCCGUGCAAGAGGAAACGCCGCCGGAGACUAAACGAUUUAGACAGCGAAAGUACGCUGGAUGAGGAGGAGAGUGAGGAUGAGUUUCAGAUCAGUGACAGUAUGGAGGAGGAUGAUUUUGUGGUGUCGGGGGACGAUGGAGGCAGCGAGGCUGAUGCUGCCUCCUGGGAGGGAAGUGAGAGAGGCAGCAUCACCAGCAGCAUAGAGCGUCUGCCUUCAAGCAGGAGAACAGCCAGAAACGGCCAAGCACAGAGAAUCAAGAGGAAGACACGCAGAUCAGCUCGGCGCCACCAAGGCUCUUCGGAGGAGGAAGAAGAAGAAGAGGAGGACGAGGAAGAGGAGGAGGAAGAAGAGAUGGACACAGAGGGCUCUAGUGAGGUCAGUGACAGCGACGUGAAUCUGAGCAGGAGAAGGUCACGGCGCAGUCAGAAAGCCCAGAUCAACUACUGCGAGACGUCCGAGUCGGAGGGGUCACAUAAAGUCUCUGAACGGAAAACUAAUCAAGCGCCACGCCGCCGGCGAAUUUCCAGCUCUAACACGUCUGUCAUUUCAAAGGACUCCGAGCCGGAGGAGGAUUCUGACUCGAGGAGCAGACAACGAGGCAGAAAGAGACAGUCCACGAGGGAAGACUCCAAACAGAGGCACAAACGGCUCAAGCUGAAACCAGCAAGAAGUUCGAGCGAGGAAGACGAAGAAUCGGACGAGGAACGAGACGCCGGUGUGUCCGAUGAGGAGAAGAGGCCUCUCCGUAAAAGCCUGAACCGUAUCGAAUCGGACGAGGAAGAAGAGGACGGGGUGGAGAAAAGACAGCUGAGAAAGAUGGCCGGAAAGCCGGAUAGCGGUGUUACAGACUGCAGGGAGCUGAGUGUGAGAGCACACACUAGAGGCUCGAAGGACUCCAUGCUGAAGCACAAUGGCCUGCUUCCUCCGAGAUCUUCAGCGCAGGAUGAAGACGAGGAAGAGGAGGACGAGGAGGAGGAGGAUGACCUCACCGCCGCUACGGACUUUGUUAACUUUGUUUUUGACAGCGAACAGUUAUCGUGAUGUGCUGACGAGAUUUCAUAUAUUAUUUUCUCAUUGCCUUUUCUUUUUUUUUUGAGUGUUUUUCAGUGUACUGGACCAAUCCAAAUUUCCAGAGGAAUUUCCAUGUGAUGUCCGAACACACUUUAGUUACAUACAUCAUGCACAUGUCAGAUGUAGAGCAGGGUCUCGGUGCACAUCCUGGUUUUUAUGAGCGGAAGGUCGAACAUUUUAAAGUGUAUUUGAUCCACCAGUCGCAAACUUGAUCAUAAGUCAUGGCCACACUAGUUUCUCUAACGUUAGCGGCGUUCUUAGUGGACCUGGGCUAUCAUUUUAAUUCCACAGUGUAAUUAGCAAGAGACUGGAAUGUCUGUGAAUUUAAAGCUCCUGAUACUGAAAUAUGCUAAAAAACUUCAAAUGUAUGGAUAUAGACUCAAAACACUAAAAGUUUUUUUUUUUCCACAUUUAUGUUUUCCUUUUCAAGAAGCUUCGAAACAGAUCGAAAACUGAACAUAAAGUCUUGAUCUGGUCUGGAUUUUAUUCUUGAGAAAAGGGCCAGGACUCUAUAAUGGUCUUCCAUGCCAAAAUGGUCCACUAGUGAUGGUAAUUUCGGCUCUUUUUCCAGUGAGCCGAAUCUUUUAGCUCGACUCAACAAAAAGAGUCGACUCCUUCGGUUCCAAAACGAUUCAUUUUUCAAAAUCAGACAAAGUUUGAUAUUUUGACCAGCGUUUGCACUCUUAAUGGCUAAAACUGCUGCAUUUCUUUACACUGCACUACUGCAAUUUCAAUUUCAUUGAAAUAAUUGUAACUGAUUAAUACAUUCAGGACAUUCUUUAAAAAAGAAACAGCAGUGCAGCAGAUGCUUCCUGUCUUGCUCAUCAUGCACACAGCUGGGAGUCAAACACAGGUCUUUGAGUCACGCUAAAGGCAGCUCAGAUGUGGAAAAGAGGUUCAAAUGGAAGUAUUUUGAAUAAACAAAUUACACACUGCCACCAGAGUAACAGCAUGUCUACACUGAUGAAACUAAAUGACUCAUUUUUGUGAAUCACAGAACGUUGACGCAUUCACAAAUGACACCUUAGUUCGGUCCACCCUGAUAUAUCUGGGUUACUUAUAGAAAUCACACACAUUACAAAAAAACUACAAAACAUGGUAAUUUUUCAUGCGUGUGAUUUCUACAAGUCCCCCAAAUGUUUCCGGGUGGAACAGACUAAUGUGUCGUUUGUGAACGAGUCAACUUUCAGUGAUUCGAAUAUUACUGAAUUUUUGUUAUUACACAAAUAUCUGACUGGGCCAGACUGUAUAAAUGAAAUGCAGUUUAAAAUCUGUGGGUAAAGCUAUCUAAUUAGGAUUAGUUUGCUGUUUUGUAAGAAUGUGGUGGAGGAAUAUGUUCUAUAAUAAACAAAACAUUUUGGGACAUGCUGUUUUAGGAAACUAAUCAACACUUGGCUUGCUCUUUGAUGCGGCCCAUAGCAAAGCAGAGUUGCUCUUAUUACCCCAAAGUUGAAUCUACUUCUUACGCCACAGAAAUGUGCUCCCUUUCCACAACAGUACUUACUUUUAUCCGUUUAUAGUUACAUUUCAAUAUUGCGGUCCAUCCGUGCUACACGCUAGUCCCUGUGAUCACUUAUGUUAUGGCAGCUAUACAAGUUCUUCCUUCACCUGCCUCAUAUUUUCUCAGUCUGAAAGUUCUUAAGGCAGAAAACGGAUUGUCGUGUUAGAGAGAAAUCAGAAUAAACUAAAGACUCUUGUGAAAGAAUCCUUACUGACUGUUACUACAUAGAUUUAGCUAACGUACCCUAUAUUGCCAAAAGUUUUGGGACACCCCUCCAAAUCAUUGAAUUCAGGGGUUGAGCUUGGUCCCUUAGUUCCAGUGAAAGGAACACUUAAUGCUUCAGCAUACCAAGACAUUUUGGACAAUUUCAUGCUCCCAACUUUGUGGGAACAGUUUGGAGAUGACCCCUUCCUGUUCUGACAUGACUGCACACCAGUGCACAAAGCAAGGUCCAUAAAGACAUGGAUGAGUGAGUUUGGUGUGGAGGAACCUGACCGGCCUGCACAGAGUCCUGACCUCAACCUGAUAGAACACAUUUGGUGAUGAAUUAGAGCAGAGACUGCGAGCCAGACCUUCUCAUCCAACAUCAGUGCCUGACCUCACAAAUGCACUUCCAUAGGAAUGGUUAAAAAUUCCCAUAAACACACUCCUAAACCUUGUGUUAUAGCUGCAAAGGGUGGGCCAGCUCCAUAUUAUAUUCAUGUGCUUGUAAAGCCGUCCCAAAACUUUUGGCCAUAUAGUGUAUGAGCUGUUACUAUAUAAACAAUACUGUUUUCGAGUGUGCAAGUGGAUAUAAACCUGCGAUUUGAAUCCCAGCCAGUUGUCCUGUCAGAACUGCUGAAAAUUAACCAGCAUUCAGAAUUGAGAAUUUAAUGUUCAGCUAGACAAAAACACCAUACUGGAAGCUAUUGUCCUUGUAAUAGUUCAACAUAAAUAGCUAGUGAGCUUGGUGAUAACUAUUUUAACUAUAAACAUAGGUGUGUAGUAAAAUUGGGAAUUGAAUAGAUUUUUUUUUUUUGCUUCAAGAAUGUCUCGACAAUGUAGCUUUGAAAAAAAAAAAAGGUUGAUGUGGAUGGGAACGCCUCAUGCCGGUUUAUAAUUACAAUUACAAUAGAAAUUAGUUCACCUAACAUUAGCUAGUUUGCUAGCAAAUUGCAGAACCACCUAAUGUUUGAUAUCAAACUACUGCUAGCAAAGUAAACAGGUGUCAAAGCUAACUAGUUAGCUAGCUAACACAGUGCUUUAUUUUGAUAUCUUCGGCUUAAAAUGCUGUGCUAUUAUAUUGUGUCACUGAAAUCUAAAGUUUUUAAGCACUAAAUUAAACCGAAUAAAUAUAUAAAAAAUAAAAGGUAAAGGGUCUUAUGAUCAAGUUUGCACUGAUUGACUGAUCAAAAUCCAGUCCUUAUUGACUCAGGAAAAAAUCAGGAUGUGUGUGUGUCGGUAAUCCACGUACACUAUAGCUGUUCCUCAGAAAGUAAAGCACUGUCAUUUGUAAGGCCAGUAAACGUUUCAUCCGUCUAACACAAGCUUCUUUCAGCCUGUAGAGACACUGUAUAUUUUCUGCUUGUAUGCUAGCACCUUUGAAAUCGGUGGUUUAGUAAUGUUUUCAGUUUUAUCCACUGUAAAGAAAACAACAACAACAACAACAACAAAGUUUUUUUAUAUGAGAAGGAGAUUCUGUGGGAAUCUGUUUGAAACAGUUUUGCUAAUCUUGAAUAACGAUCCUCGAUGCCAGCCUGUGUUUAAUUAAUACAUUCAGUUCGUUCAAGGAGAAUCUUAACCCGAACCAUGUUGAGGUGUUUUUGCCAUCAGUAAAGAAAUAAAAGUGCCACGAAAUAUCAUGGCACCGAGUUUGGAGGUUUAACGCAAGUUUAGUUUAGCAGCUUUCUAUGGAAAUGACUUACAUACAGUAUCUUAGCUACUUCAUGAAAGUAGCAUGUCUUAUUACUAUCCUAGAAGAUCUUAUUUCUGGUUGGGUAUGUUUUGAAUCGUUUCCCCCAAAUUUUUGUCGAAUUCUAGUGCAUCUGCAAAAGUUAGUUCAGAGGUAGUUCAAUCUGUCCAUGCUGAUUUUUAUUUUUAGGUUCUCUUUGAGUUCCUUUUGUUUAAUACUGUAUAAAAAUGUAUGUGCCUGUUGACUUGCCCUUAGGCUGAAGUAAAUUCUCUUGACUGAAUGCACUUAUCAAAGCACCUUUGAUUGUACCAAGAUGGCCCAGCCCAGAACUAGACAGUUUCGACUCUCGUUCAAAAAGCACUUUAAACAAAGCCCUCUUCUUCCACGACCCCCCCCUCCUCACCCCGAUUCGUUCACGACUGUGCUGUGUGCUCUACUUGGUUCUUUGAAAUACAACACUACCAAAUCAUUCCAGGUACACACCACAUCAACCAAGUCCAGAGUCCCGGUGAAUGUGGCCUUUUGUCUGCUGUAAAGUUAUUCAACUGGAAUGAGUGUUACUUAUAUUUUACUGUUCUAAUGUUCAGUCUCAGUACAUAACAAAUCAAAAAACCUAAAUAAACGUGAUAAGCGUAUCUCUGUGGAAUAAAGCCUCUGCGUUUAUUACAGCUUCAGCAAA